GUGAAGCUUGAUGAUCCAUGGUAGUAUAGUUAGGUAUGUAUCCCUCUUUAGUUCAUACUGUUUCAUGUGCGCUUAUGUCGGGGGCAAUUGACGAGGAAGUAAUGAGUACCUCUAAAGCGGGGGCUGUAUGUGCGGUUCGUAAAUCUCGAUUAAACUAUGACUAGCUGCUGCUGGUCAUCAGUUGCACGUUCUAAUCCUGCUGUGUUUCAUUCUAUUUUUUUCUCAUAACCCGCCAGUCAAAUUCCAAUAACAGCCACCCGAUAUUUACUUUUUUGUAUUAAUAUUUAGCCAACUAUUCCCCAAAUAAAUGACUCUAAUUGUGCUGGUCAAAAGGUGAUUUAUUGGAGAAAAUGAUUGGUAAAAUCUUACUCGUGAUUUUGACUGCAGACGUGGCUCGGUCAACACAGUGCGGCAAGGUAUGGUUGACGGUAUCGUCGCUCUGGCGACCGAUCGCUGCGAGUGAUAAAGUUAUUGACGCGGAGCUUGAAGUUAAUUGGGAUUUAGAUUGUCCAACAAAUAUUGAGCCUCCCGACAAUAUUAAAGUCUUCAAUGCCGAUCCAAUUCAUAACAAGAGCUUGCAGCCUGAAUUGAUACUGACACUCGCCGAACAUCCGGAAGGUUAUUAUCGCACAAAUAUUGAGGUCGGAAGGCCUUCUCUACCAGGUGGUUGGGAUGCUACUGGCGGUGCAACACUCCCAGGACCACAUUGCUUGAAGCAUUACGCAGCUUUGUACAAAAAUAAUAUUUUUUUGACCAGCUCGUGCUUGCAAAUUUGGCCAACUUGGAUGUACGACCUCAGAAGGCAACUGGGGAGACUACCGAUAGGAAGUUUGAUGAUUCCCGGGACCCACAACUCGGGUUGUUACAAGCACGAAGACUUGACGCGGAAAGACGCCUUCCAAAAAUAUUUAUUGACCCAAGAUCGUGAUGUAUGGACGCAAUUGGUUCACGGGAUCCGGUACCUCGAUAUCAGAGUAGGCCAUUAUCCUCCGCCGAUGCAUAAUGGCUCUCACAGCACAGACGAUGCUAAUCAUACAUCAGGGAGGUUUUGGGUUAACCACGACGUAAUACGAAUCAAUCCGCUUGCCACCAUCAUUCGGGAUGUAAGAAAUUUUUUGGAUGUGGCUCGCGGUGAGGUUGUGAUCCUCGAUUUUCAUAGAUUUCCAGUCGGAUUUGAAAGCAGACCAAGUCGUCACAGACGAUUAGCAAUAAUGCUGUACCGCGAAUUCGGCGGUUUGAUAUUAAAGCCCAGCCGAGGAGUCGACGGUCUCGGACCGACGUUAAAUGAAAUCUGGAAUAGCGGCCGGAGAUUAAUUAUUUGCUACGGUGACAAGCACACCGUAAAUGAGUUCGACUGGCUGUGGCCGCCGUUAACACAAGUCUGGGGUAAUCAACAAACAGCUCAGAGUCUCUUUGAAUACCUAAAUAGUGUGCUAAUGGGUUCAGAGAGAAAGCCAAGAAAUACGCUAAAUCCUCUUUGGGCAAUAAUGGCCGAGCUUACACCACGACCUUUUGAUAUAAUAUUUAAUCCGAACGGCGCUGGGCUUAGACAGAUGGCAGAUGCGGUAAAUCGGAAUCUUUCCAGUUUAUUUCAAAAUGAAUGGUGGAAGCAGACUAAUAUAGUAGCGACAGACUUUUUCCUCGGUAAUAAUCUCAUCCAAGUGUCCAUUCAGUCCAACAUUAAGAAAAGUAAUAUUGCUCAGUGGAGCUUUUCAUAAUUACUCCCGAUAAUUAUUUAUUUUAUAAUACUUAUUUUUAUUUAUUUAUAUAUUUAUCUAUGCGUAUAUUUAUCUAUAACUUGACAAUUAAAUCUGUACGAUAAAUCGUAAUUAAUAAAUAAAAGUUAAAUAAAAAAAA